AUGGUGGCUCAAACAGGGCCCGAGGCCCCCAUAGACGUGUUGCAAAAGAUGGUGAACGAGGUCCUGGUGCAAACAGGCAAGCUGCUGCACAACUCAAGAAAGGGCGCUCCCGCGAGCGUUCAGCAUGCCAACAUCAAGUCUCAAGCCAAGAUAGUCGCGUCACACAACCGCUUUCACAUCGCUCUCGACGAUCUCGAGGAGCAGAUUGUCAGAUCAAAGUCGGUUCUGAUGCGCGAUCUUGAGCAGCUCCGCGCUGAGCGCCAACAGCCCGUCCAGCCGGCUGCGCCCAUGGUGAUUGAUGAGCCCGAGGAGCUGAAGAUUGAGGAGCCCUCUCCGCCGGCUGCUCCUGUCCCAGACAUGGAUGGCGGAGGCCAAGAGGAUCUUAAUAUGGACAGUGAUGUUGCGGCGCCAUUCCCCAAUAUGGGUCUUGACGUGCCUAUGGACACACAGCCCGACAGCAGUGUCAAGGAAGAGAAGUCGUCACCCCAACCAGCCGGUGCCCAGCCCGCCCAGCCAAGUAGCGAGCCUUUCAAGCAGGAGGCAAAGACUGACCCGACGCCCCCAGUGUCGGCACCGGCAGCUCCUGGCUCCUCCUUCAACGAUGCUUUCGAUCUGACAGGCAGCGGCACCAUGUCAAAUGACGAGCUGAACUUCACUGACAUGAUGUUCUCUCUGGCCCCGUCUAACGACUCCCAGACUCAAGGCCAGAACCAAAGCCACGACCUAGACCUGACCAACUUCGGGAGUGCCAAUAAUUUGUUAUCUCUCGACGGCCUCGAUACUGGCCUGAGCACAAACACAAUUGGUGGCACGGGUACGGCUGCAGAUGCCGCCCCCGUAGCGCAGAUGGAGCUACCUCAACUUGAUAUGGCUGGCGAUACUUCCGGUGCUACAGCGGCCAAGAAGCCCGCAAAGACAACAGAGACAAGUCUUGAUGAUUUCUUCAACCUGGACGGAAGCACUAGCAUGGACAACAUCGACCUAGACCUAGAUCUCGAUGGUGCUGGCGACAACACAAACUUCGACGACCUCUUCUUUGCGGGAGACGAUACGGACAUGGGUGGCUUGGGCGACGCGGACGCCUACUUCGGACUCUGA